CGGGCGGAGUCGGCGAUCAGGCCGGGGUUGGUUCACCUCAUCCACCAGGGACGGAAGUGUCAGCCCUACACUCCCUCCGGCACUGCGGACCAGCGGCCUCGCCUCGCCCCACCGGGCGGUCGGGCCUUGGCGAGCUCCCGCGCCAGGGGCGUCAUGAAGCGAGCAGGAACUCUACGCCUGCUUUCGGAUUUGAGCAACUUCACCGGCGGGGCCCGACUCCGCGAGUUGUUGGCUGGGGACCCAGCUGUCCUAGUCCGCUGCAGCCCUGACGGCCGCCACCUGCUGCUGCUAAGACCCCCGGGGUCGCCCGCCCCGCAACUUGUCGUGGCUGCGCGUGGGCCGGGCCUGGCGCUGGAGCGUGCCUGGCCGGAGGGCCACCCCUCGCCGCUGGACGCCUUCUUCGUGCCAUGGCUGGCGAGACCCGCGCUGAUUCUGGUAUGGGAAAGUGGCCUAGCGGAGGUGUGGGGCGCCGGGAUGGAGCCUGGCUGGAGGAUACUUCAGAGCACUGAGCUGUGUCCGCAUGCUGAGGCCCGCGUGACGGCCGUGGCAGUAACCCGAGGCCGCCUGGUUUGGUGCGAGGAGCGUCAGCUUGGCGAUGAGGACCAGCCAGGGAAGCCUUCUAUGGCUUUCAGCCACUGUGUGUGCGCCAAGACCCUGGAGACCAGCGGGGAGGCUGGCACCAAACUAGGCUGCACGUACAUCCUGCUGCACCACUGCCCCUCUUUUGGACUGAUAGCCUCGCGCAGGGACCUCUUCCUGGUGCCCACUACCACCACCUGGCCUGGUGUGGCCCAUGUUCUGCUCAUCUGGAGCCCAAGCAAGGGCAAGGUGAUAGUUGCUGCGCCAUCUCUUGGUCUUUCGCACAGUAAAAGCCUGAAUCCCAGACAAGGGGAUACCUGGGACUUUCGGACCCUGCUUCGAGGACUUCCUGGGUUCCUGUCCCCCAGGGAGCCGUUGGCUGUGCACACUUGGGCCCCGUCUCCCCAGGGCUUGCUGUUGCUUGACUUGAAAGGUAAGGUGAGCCUAGUGCAGGGCCAUGGUGGCACUCGGACUGUGGGAACCCUUCAGGAAGCGCCUGUAGGCCUAGAGGGGUCUGCGGCCCUGGGAACCUUUCAUGGCACUUUAGCCUGUGUGCGGGGCUCCACCUUGGAACUACUGGACAUGAGCAGUGGUCAGCUGUUGGAGAGGAAGGUCCUAAGUACAGACAGAGUACAUCUGCUGGAGCCUCCAGCGCCUGGUGUGAAGAAUGAGGAAGAGUUGGAGACCCGAGGAGCUCUCCGUUUGCUUUCAGCCUUGGGGCUCUUUUGUGUGGGUUGGGAACGGCCCCAAGGCCUUGAGCUGCCCUCAGACAAGGAUCUGGUCUUUGAGGAGGCCUGUGAGUACUACCAGCGCCGCAGCCUGCGAGGUACCCAACUGACCCCGGAAGAACUGAGACACAACAGCAUGUUUCGGGCACCUCAGGCCUUGGCCUCCAUCCUCCAGGGCCACCUGCCCCCAUCUGCACUGUUGACUAUGCUGAGGGCUGAGCUUCGGGAUUACCGGAGCUUGGAGCAGCUCAAGGCCCAGCUGGUGGCUGGGGACGAUGAGGAGGCUGGCUGGACCGAGUUAGCAGAGCAGGAGGUGGCACGGCUGUUGAGAACCCAGCUGACCGGAGACCAGCUGGUCCAAUUCAACACCAUUUUCCAGGCCCUUCCUACAGCAGCUUGGAGUGCCACCCUCCAGGCCCUGCAGCUCCAGCCAGACAGGACUGGCAAGCUGAGGUCCCAGGCACCGCCCGACAUAUGGAAGAAGGUACUAAGGGGUCCAGCAGCUGGAAAGGAGCACCCUGGUGGAAUGCUGCCCCCCUUUGAACUCCUGUGCCGGUGCCUAUGCCAGCUGGAGCCUCAGUGGCUCCCCUCAUUUGUGGAGCUGGCCCAGCAACAGGGUGGGCCAGGCUGGGGGGCUGAAAGCCCCAGUCUGCCCCUUUAUCGCCGAGCCCUGGCGGUGCUAGGUGAGGAGGGGAAGAGACCUGAGGACCUAGAAGUCGAGCUGCUACUGGGCAGUGGGCGGCCCAAAGCUGUGCUGCAAGCUGUGAGGCAGCUCAUAAGGAAGGAACUGUGGGAACGGGCUCUGGAGGCCGGGCUGGCCCUGGACUCCUCCAGCCCCCUACUUCGAAGUGAGAUCUUUAAGCUGCUGCUGGCAGAGUUCGCCCAGCACCGCCGCCUUGAUGCUCACCUCCCCCUCCUUUGCCGCCUGUGCCCACCAGAAGUGGCUCCAGACGAGCUCCUGCUUCUUCUGAGGACACAUCUCCCAGAUGACGUGGGAACCUCCUCCCCUUUCCCCGAGCCCGGGGCAGAGCCCCCUCUCACAGUGGGCUUGGUCAGAGCCCUGCUUGAACAGACUGGGGCUCAAGAACGGCCCUCUGGUCCAGUUCAAAGCACAUAUGAGGACAUCCUGUGGGAUCCAGGCACUCCACCCCCAACCCUUCCUCGGGAACCUAUUACUACUCUGCAGGCAUCAGACCACCCAGGACAGGAAGCCUGGGUGCCAUCUGGACAGGGGCCCCUGUGCAACUGACAUGGGAGUUCAUUUGUAGAGCACAGAGAUGGGGAAGGUCCUAGGGUUGGAGAGCACCAAGGUGGAGUUGGGCGUGCAAUACUGUCUGUUGUGGACAAUGUUUAAUACAUAUGUAAAUACAAAUUCA